AAAAAGAAGAAGAAAAAGAGAGAAUAUUAUGAAAAUUCUUUGCUUGAGCCUGAGAAACAGUUCCUCUGCUUCUACUUCUUCAUCCUCUUUUCUAUGUCUCUCUUUUUUGUUUGCUCAAUCACUCGUUUACCCACAGAAGAAUAUGGAUCUCUGAUUAAAGCUUUUUGCUCGUAUUUAUUCCAAGGUGUCAGUUCAAAUAAUCAAAUGGUUACAUAGGCCCAGGAAACAAAAUAGCUUUUUUUGCUGGUUGCAAAAAAGAUGGUAUUUUUCGUGAUGGUAAGAGGAGUUUCCAUGGUGAAAGCAAUGAGAAUUGUGUUGCUAUGCGUUUCUGUUUUGUGGUUCGUUCCAAAGGAAUGUACUUGUAAUAGGGAUUUCUCAAGAAACUCGUCUUCUUCACCGCCAUUAUCACCGAGGCCAAGCUUAGUGAAUGUUGGAGCUCUGUUUACUUAUGAUUCUUAUAUCGGAAGAGCGGCUAAACCAGCGCUUAAAGCGGCUAUGGAUGAUGUUAAUGCUGACCAAACUGUACUUAAUGGCAUCAAGCUUAAUAUUGUCUUUCAAGACACUAAUUGCAGUGGAUUUAUUGGCACCAUGGGAGCUUUGCAGCUGAUGGAAAACCAAGUGGUUGCAGCCAUUGGUCCACAAUCUUCAGGGAUUGCUCACAUGAUCUCCUAUGUGGCUAAUGAGCUUCAUGUACCUCUCUUGUCAUUCGGAGCAACGGAUCCGACUCUUUCCUCUCUCCAAUACCUUUAUUUUCUGCGAACCACACAGAACGAUUACUUCCAGAUGUAUGCAAUCACAGAUUUUGUAUUAUAUUCCGGAUGGAGACAAGUCAUUGCGAUAUUCGUCGAUGAUGAGUGUGGUAGGAACGGGAUAUCUGUUCUAGGCGAUGCAUUAGCCAAGAAACGCGCGAGGAUCUCUUACAAGGCUGCAAUCACACCUGGUGCAGAUUCUAGUUCCAUCGAAGACUUGUUGGUUUCUGUUAAUCUGAUGGCAUCUCGGGUUUACGUUGUUCAUGUAAAUCCUGACUCUGGUUUAAACAUUUUCUCUGUGGCCAAGUCUCUUGGAAUGAUGGGAAGCGGUUAUGUUUGGAUCGCAACAGACUGGCUUUCUACAGCUUUGGAUUCAAUGGAGCCCGUGGAUUCGGACACGAUGGAUCUCUUGCAAGGAGUGGUUGCUUUCCGCCACUACACAACCGAGACUAGUAUGAAGAAGCAGUUUGUGGCGAGAUGGAAGAAUCUUAGACCCAAAGAUGCCUUCAACACAUAUGCAUUGUAUGCUUAUGACUCUGUUUGGUUAGUUGCUCGUGCCCUCGAUGUUUUCUUCAGAGAACACAAUGCCAUAACAUUCUCCCACGAUCCGAAUCUGCACAAAACAAACGGUAGCAGUGUUCAGUUAUCAGCACUAAGUGUGUUCAAUGAAGGAGACAAGUUUCUUGAGAUCAUUCUUGGGAUGAAUCAUACUGGUGUGACGGGGCCAAUCCAGUUUGACUCAGAGAGAAACCGGGUUAACCCGGCUUACGAAGUUCUAAACAUAGAAGGUACAGGUCCACGCAGAGUCGGGUACUGGUCAAAUCAUUCGGGUCUCUCAGUGGUGCCUCCAGAGACAUUGUACUCUAAGCCUCCAAACACAUCUACAGCAAACCAACGUCUUUAUGGAAUCAUAUGGCCAGGUGAGGUUACUAAGCCUCCUCGUGGAUGGGUGUUUCCUAAUAAUGGAAAGUCGCUCAAGAUCGCAGUGCCUAACCGUGUGAGCUAUAAAGAUUAUGUCUCUGAGGACAAGAACCCGCCUGGUGUUAGAGGCUAUUGCAUAGAUGUCUUUGAAGCUGCCAUUGAGUUGCUUCCGUAUCCUGUUCCACGUACUUAUAUCCUAUAUGGAGACGGGAAGAGAAAUCCUUCUUACGACCAUCUAAUCAAUGAAGUUGUUGCAAAUAAUUUCGAUGUAGCUGUAGGAGAUAUCACGAUUGUAACAAACAGAACAAGAUUCGUAGACUUCACACAGCCGUUUAUAGAAUCAGGGCUUGUGGUGGUGGCUCCGGUUAAGGAGGCUAAAUCGAGUCCUUGGUCAUUCCUGAAACCGUUCACUAUAGAGAUGUGGGCUGUCACUGGAGCCUUCUUUCUCUUUGUGGGAGCCAUCGUUUGGAUUCUCGAACACCGCUUUAACCAAGAAUUCCGUGGCCCUCCUAGGCGGCAACUCAUCACCAUCUUCUGGUUUAGCUUCUCAACAAUGUUCUUUUCUCAUAGGGAGAACACGGUGAGUGCAUUGGGGAGGCUGGUGCUGAUCAUAUGGUUAUUCGUGGUUCUGAUCAUCAACUCGAGCUACACGGCUAGUCUCACUUCGAUCCUAACCGUUCAACAGCUGACAUCUCGGAUUGGAGGAAUAGAUAGCUUGAUAACGAGCAACGAACCAAUCGGAGUUCAAGACGGCACCUUUGCUCGGAACUAUCUGGUCAACGAGCUUAACAUAGCUCCUUCUAGGAUUGUUCCACUGAGAGACGAGGAACAGUACCUUUCUGCUCUUCAACGUGGUCCUAAGGCUGGCGGCGUGGCAGCCAUUGUAGACGAGCUUCCUUACAUCGAAGUCCUUUUGUCAAACAGCAACUGCGAGUUCCGUACAGUAGGACAAGAAUUCACACGCACAGGCUGGGGUUUCGCAUUCCAGAGAGACUCCCCUUUAGCUGUAGACAUGUCGACGGCUAUCUUGCAGCUGUCUGAAGAAGGCGAGCUCGAGAAAAUUCACAGGAAAUGGCUCAACUACAAGCAUGAAUGCUCAAUGCAGAUCUCAAACAGUGAGAAUUCUCAGCUUUCGCUCAAGAGUUUCUGGGGACUCUUCCUUAUCUGUGGCAUCACUUGCUUCAUUGCACUCACUGUCUUCUUCUGGAGGGUGUUCUGGCAGUACCAGAGGUUACUACCUGAUGGUGGGGACGAGGAAAGGGCAUGCGAAGUGGCUGAGCCAUCUCGAUCAGGGAGAGGUUUACGAGCACCGAGUUUCAAGGAAUUGUUAAAAGUUGUCGAUAAGAGGGAAGCAGAAAUCAAGGAGAUCCUAAAACAGAAGAGUGGCAAGAAACUCAAAACUACCGAAAGUGGAGCUGGAAGUUCACAUUCACAAGAAAACGAGAUUUCUUAAACAGAUAGCGUUCAACGAUUUGUUUAAAUGACUAUUAACAUACUUAGCGAGGUAGUGAAAUCAUCAUAAGAUUUUGUAAUAGCAAAGUUCAAGGAACAAAAAACCAGAGAUAAAUUGUAAAUCUUAUUCUGAUACGUAAUGGUAAACUCAUAUUCUUUUCCU